CUCUUUUUAUCAAUUUCAUAAUUCUUCCUCAUCAACAUCUGUUGUACCGCGUAUCAGCCCCAGCUCAACAUCUUUGUCUCCAUUGCUUGUGUUGCAGCUUGUUCUCGAUCGCGGUGCACGUUGAGUCUUGUUUUCUUUCCUGCUUCACAUAUCCUCAUCCGCAUUGAAAAGCAAUUGGGUUCCCAACAACAAACCUCCUAUCUACAGAAUAUGCUUUGCGGCGAAUCGUGAAUCGAUUGUUAGAAUUCGCACAUCCACUAACACUCGCUCCUGGCUCCCAGACUCUCGACUUUCUGCCCUUCUGCGUACAAUUGGGUGCCCUACCCUCCUUCGACUUCUCGCGAUCUAGCCUCCCUUACGUUCGCGCCUUCACCAACCCAACGCACCUGUGCCAGGAGAGAUGCCCCGUCGGCUUAAUCCUUUCUCAUCCUCACCCUCCAUGUCUCAACCCGUCAAGUCGGGCGAGAGGCGCCCUUCUACCUCAAAAGGCAACCGUAUCACCAACUUCUUCUCCAGUAGCCCCAAGUCUACAGGUGCCCAGCAGGCUCUUGCCGCUGUUCAGCAGAACCAAGCCGCUGCUACUGGAUUCUCUCCUUCUCCAGGUCUGCCUACCAUCUCCCUCUCAACCGCGAGCCCUGGCGACCCCAACAGCAUCGAUGCCUCGACAACCACUCUCUUUCAGCCCAAGUCUGCCGAGGAAAUCGACCGACAGAAGCGUGCCGACGCUCAGUUUGGCCCUCUCCUCCACUCAAGUCAUCGAUACACCAGCCAGUCUCAUGGAGAACCUCUCCAGGCCCCUGUCGAGGAUGAGCCUCCUUAUUAUUUCAUUCUUACCACUUACAUCAGCUACCUGAUCCUGAUUGUUCUUGGUCAUAUUCGCGAUUUCUUUGGCAAGCGUUUCGGAAACCCUAAACACUAUCGCGCCCUCAAAGCCAGCAACGGCUAUGCAGCUCUCAAUAGUGAUUUUGACAAUUUUUACGUCCGACGUCUCAAGAUGCGUCUGGAUGAUUGUUUCGCUCGUCCUACCACCGGCGUCCCUGGACGCUUCAUCACACUGAUGGACCGCAAGUCCGACGAUUUCAACCGCACCUAUCAAUAUACCGGCACCUACACCGAGACUCUCAACAUGAGUUCAUACAACUACCUUGGUUUUGCCCAGUCUGAAGGUCCCUGUGCCGACGCUGUGGAGGCGUGUGUCAAGCAGUAUGGAAUCAGCUUCUGCAGCCCCCGUGGUGCUGCUGGUACUUCUGAUCUUGCUCUUGAGGUUGAGCGUGAGGUUGCCGAAUUCGUUGGCAAGCCCGCUUCUAUGGUUUUCUCUAUGGGUUAUGUCACAAACUCCAGCUCCUUCCCCGCCAUUGUUUCCAAGGGUUGUCUGAUCAUUUCCGAUGAACUCAACCACGCCUCCAUCCGUGUUGGUGCUCGUCUUUCUGGUGCCGUUAUUCAGAGCUUCAAGCACAAUGAUAUGGCCGAUCUGGAACGUGUUGUUCGCGAAGCUAUCUCCCAAGGUCAACCCCGCACUCACCGUCCCUGGAAGAAGAUUCUGGUCGUUGUCGAAGGUCUCUACUCUAUGGAGGGUACCAUGUGUGAUCUUCCCGGUAUUCUUGCUCUGAAGAACAAGUACAAGUUCUAUCUUUUCGUUGACGAGGCUCACUCUGUCGGUGCUCUUGGCCCCCGUGGCCGUGGCGUUUGCGAUUAUUUUGGCAUUGAUCCCUCCGAAGUUGAUAUUCUCAUGGGAACUCUGACAAAGUCUUUUGGUGCCAACGGUGGUUAUAUCGCAGCCGAGAAACACAUUAUUGACAAGCUCAAGAGCACCAACGCUGCUACUCAGUAUGGCGAGACUCCGGCUCCUUGUGUGCUCAUGCAAAUCUUGGCUUCUCUGAAACUUAUCACUGGCGAACUGUGCCCUGGCCAAGGUGAGGAGCGUCUCCAGCGCAUCGCCUUCAACUCUCGUUACCUUCGUCUCGGACUUAAGCGUCUCGGUCUUAUCGUCUACGGUCAUGAUGACUCUCCUAUUAUUCCGGUCAUGCUCUACCACCCCGCCAAGCUCCCUGCUUUCAGUCACGAAAUGCUUCGACGAAAGAUCUCAGUCGUUGUUGUUGGUUACCCUGCGACCCCACUCAUCAGCUCUCGCGCCCGUUUCUGUGUUUCUGCUGCCCACAACAAGGAGGAUCUUGACCGUCUGCUGGCUGCAUGCGACGAAGUUGGUGACAUCCUGCAGAUCAAGUUCUCGACCGGAGUAGCAGGAGGACUGGAACAUCUUCCUGAGGGUAUUGAACCCAAGCAAGAAAAGGAAUGGAGAAAGGAAAGCAGAAUUCCCCUCAAGGCCCCUCGUUGGAGCCUAGAAGACGUUGUCCAACACGGUGUCCAGGACUCAAAGAUUCCCCUACGCUAAUAUCUUGGCCUCUUAAUCAAAUUUUGUUUCUGGUGUUUGAUACAUCUUUAUAAUCACCCAUGUGCUCAGAAGUGGUCUGAGUGGUGUUUGACGCUUUUCAUAGAUACAACCUGUGAAGGAAUGCGACGUUGCACGACGUUUAAUGGCUUGUUCUUGGCGACUGUCGCCCUUUUUGCCCCCAAAUUUUCAUGCAAGAGGGAGGGCCUUUUUUUUCUCUUUCUUUUUUGGAAUGGAUUAAUGGAGUUGAAGGCGUGUUGAGGUAAUGGGCCAUGUUGGGAAUGGGAAUCAUGAGCAAGACUCACUCUACCAACCUAAGUCGCAAGGCUGGGAUGCGUAUGGCAUAUAGAGUAAUUGUUAGUCGACAAAUAUAGAUCUGAAGCAGCAUAGAUUUGCUUCAAGUAAUCAAAGAAACGUAUACACG